GCCUCUGCGCCUCAUAGACAUUUACAUGUGUAUGUAUGUAUGGACAAACUCGUAUGUGUGGAAAAAAAAUAACAAAAUCCUGGAACAAUUUAAAUUCUAUUUUGGAAAGUGCAAAUAUGACAAAGUCUGAAAAAUGUGCUCGAAUUAGCAAAGCCUUCGGAAGAAGAAGAGUUUGAGGCAGCAGCACUGGCGAUACGAGGAACAACUGCGAUUCAAUUGUCGAAAUGACAAACGCCAGCUGAAUGUGGAAGACGCAACUGACGUCAGAUCAUCGGAAUCGAACCUGUAGUCCAAGAACAAUCAAGGGAUUAGAGUAGCGUACACAAUUCACCAUGCGACGACCAAAAAUUUCGUUGAAAAAGUAUUUUUAUUUCACACUGAUCUGUGCUCUGCUGCUCAUAUAUGGUUUCAAUCUCAAGGAAUAUGAAAUAUGGAAGACCCGCAGUCCCCGAACAAUACAGACAACUACGCAGCAACAUCAGCAAAAGCCACAACAAUUUCCAGCCACGGAAGUGGACUGUUCCGAGGAGCUCAGCAAAACGCCUGAAACAUCUAGCUCUAAUCCAGCACCUUUACUCGCCACUUCGGCCUCACCAGCAGCGCCAGCACAAGGUCCAUCAGUGGACGGUCAGCAGACGGAGGAUGUCGAGGAUGAGGAAAUCGAGGCCGACCGAUAUCUGGAGCCGGAGCCAGAGCCGGCACCUGCUAAGCCUUGGUUCUUCCGCAAUGGUGAAUAUUAUCCCAGCCCAUCCAAGACCUACAGCAAUCGGCGAGAACGAAAGCGUUAUGCUCCCAAGCUGCUGCCGCAUCAGGAUUCGCACAACGACAGAAUUGUCAACCAGCUCAUGUACGUGCCACACAAUUAUGAGGUAAUCAAGGCUAGCGGCAAGCUGAAAACUAUCCUCCUUUACAACGGCCUGGGUCCGUGGAACGUGAAGAAGGGGCGCGAAGUCUUCCUGAACGCCAAGUGUCCGGUGGACACAUGCGAAUUAACUGCCAACCGAGACAUGGCCAGCACAGCCGAUAUGAUCCUCUAUAAAGAUCACUACAUUCCAACAGCAAUACGUCGCCCCAGCAAUGCCAAGCAGGUCAGCAUGCUCUACUAUCUCGAGUGUCCCUAUCACACUCAGAAUGUUAAGGCACCAGAUGCUAUCAACUGGACGGCCACCUACAGACGCGACAGCACCAUCGUUGCGCCCUAUGAGAAGUGGCAGUACUACGAUACCAAAGUGCAGCAGCAGGAGCAGGACCACAACUAUGCCGUGAACAAAACCAAGAAGGUGGCCUGGUUCGUGUCCAAUUGUGGCGCCAGGAAUGGCCGACUCCGGUAUGCCCACGAGCUGCAAAAACACAUCGAGGUUGAUAUAUAUGGUGCCUGUGGAAACUUCAAGUGCUCGCGUAGCACGGCAGACAAAUGCUUCGAGAUACUUGACAACGAUUAUAAGUUCUACCUGGCCUUCGAAAACUCCAACUGCAAGGACUACAUCACGGAGAAAUUCUUUGUCAAUGCCCUCAAUCGGCGGGUGCUGCCAAUUGUGAUGGGUGCCCGGCCGGAGGACUAUGAGGUGAGCGCCCCGCGUCGCUCUUACAUCCACGUGGAUGAGUUUGCCUCGCCCAAGGAGUUGGCCGAAUACCUGCGUAUUCUUGACGGAGACGACGAACUCUACAACUCGUACUUCAAAUGGAAGGGCACGGGUGAGUUCAUUAACACGUACUACUGGUGCCGGGUUUGCGCCACGCUCCACAACGAAGAGCAGCUCCGUAAGCCUCGCUGGUACAGCGACCUAAACGAUUGGUGGCGUGGGGCAGGCGUUUGUACCAACGGCUCAUGGAGGAACUUCAAGGCGCGCAAGGACGUGAUCAUCGACGACUGAAUGCUUGAGUCGGUCCAGAUAGUGGGCGUUGGAAUAUAGAUUUCAGUGUUUGAUGUUAUCACUAUUCACCAUCCUCUAUCACUAUUCACUGUCAUUAUGCGCUAUACAUGUGUAAAGAAUUGCUUACUUUUUAUCGGAGUUUUAAGUGAAUGGUUUUUGUAGCUAGCCGUAAGUUAACGAGAGCUCAAAACUAGCACUAGAGUUGCAUGAGGAAAUCAAAAAGCACAGAAGCAGAGCAGUGUAUUCCAACUAGCCCAUAGACUAAAAGAUCUCCCGGCAGAUUGAUGUAACAUAUACAAUACAA